AUGACGCCCGCGAGCAUCGCGCUACAUGCCGACGAGCUCUUGAUAUCGAUGAUAUCUAACUACAGCAAAUACCCUGGCGGCUCUACAGUUUUCAUUGCCCAUGGGCUUGGAGGAAUCAUUGUCAAAAAGGCAAUUGAGCUAUGCUCGACCUAUGCAGAAUACUUCCCCAUUAAAGGGUCCAUUGUCGGCGUCGUCUUCCUCGACACGGUUCAGCAUGCAACAGACUCCGAGGGAGUCCUGGAAGCCGUAAAAACAACAGUCGCCGCGACUCUGCUCAAGCACUCCACAAUACCGUCUGUUGACGAUGUCAGACAAUUUGCAGAAGCUGUUCGAGAAGUCAACAAGACCUUUCUCACACAGGCGCCAUUAGACUUAACAAUCCUCAACUUUGUUGCCACGCGCCGAGUUGAAAUCACGUCCGAGGACGGUACACCCUACAAGACCCUGUCCCACGACUUCUUCAAGAGCUGGGUCAAGUCCAACAAGACCACAGGUCUCUUUGUCCAGGGCGCCACGGGAUGCGGUAAAACUCACUUGGCCAAGUCCAUUGCCAACUACUUAUCCUGGGACCGCCCUCGAUCUCCCCCAGAUAACAACAUAGUGCUCUCCUUUUUUUGUAAUGUCAGCACGGUUGAGGACAAGAAGCCACCAAUCGCCCAGUACUUCGUCCGAUCGCUUCUUCAGCUGAGGCCAGUCUGGUCCGAGUCCAUAGCGCCUUACUAUCGAUGGCAGGAGCUAAAAAGCCAGUUCGAGCUGCCGGCGCUGUUUGACAUACUACGUGACAUCAUGAGUCAGAUGCAAUAUAGUACGGGCCCGCCAAAGACGACGGCUGUUUUCCUCAUCGUGGAUGGCCUGGAUGACUGUGAUGUUACCUACGCCCGGGAGUUCCUCUGCCUUGUGGGAAGUCUCCUCGACCACCCGGUGGCUUGCUCAUCCCCAGCUUCUGGCCCGUCCCUUCCAGGACAAGGCUUUCCGCGCGAAACUGUCAGAUUCAAGUUCUUGUUCACGUAUAGCGCUUGCGAGAUCCUGAAUCUGAACUCCUGCGUACCUAAUUCCGCUAGGAUUCUGAUGACUGACUCAGCAAUUCGGAAAGAUAUCGGCACGUACGUGGACAGGGAGUUGGACAUUCUGUCUACACUUCGGGAUCUCAAUGGGCCGCCAGAAGGAAUUCGAUCUUGGGUCAAGAAUAAGUCGGAGUCGUUCUUUUGGUUCGCAAAGUACUCCAUCGAAGACGCAAUGAGUACCAUCGAAGAUGGCGAGGGGUAUUCCUUCAGUGGGAGGGUACUUCCAUGCCCUUCUAGCCUUGGGAAAUACUACGACAGAGAUCUCCUACCAUUGUUCCAGACAAUCGACGAAGAUGGGAAAUAUGCUCUGUCAGCUGUGCAAACUGUGCUCGGCUAUCUUGGCAUCCCUAGCAGAGCCGAAAUAUGCGAUGCAAUCGCCUGUCUUCACGGAGACCCCAACUUGAGAUUCCUCGACCUGCCCAACGUUCUGAGACAACGGUGCCCCAGGCUCGUUCAUUCCUUGGAUGAAGGGGAUUUUAAGAUCAGCCAUCCUUCUCUGAUCUACCACGUCAGACGUUACUACCUCAGCGAGAAAGAGCAGCACGCAAACAUGGCAUUCUUGUGCAUAAAGUACCUCAACGGAUCUGAUUUUGGACGCUUGAAAUCGACAGCCUCAUCAGAAGGACAACCCGAAAUGGUCGAAUACUUCCUGAAGCGGACCAAAAACGUCAACGAGCGAGGCUCGGUGAGCGGUGGGACCGCUUUGAUGAUCUUGUGCACGCAACUGAGAACGCGCGAUGUAGACCUGAUGGCACAAUUGGUCACAUCGCUCCUUGAUGCCGGGGCUGAUCCAAACAUCUCGGACAAAUGGGGCGAAACGCCCUUACUCGAGCCAUGCAGUAGAGGGGAUACUGCCAUGGUCGAGCUGCUCCUCCGAGCGGGAGCCAGGCCUGACAUGUUGAGCAUACACAGGCCAACCAUGCAUCCCCUCCGCGAAGCAAUCAUGCAAUAUCACAACGAGGUCGCUAGGCUCUUGAUCGACUAUGGAGUCGAUCUGAGCUUGCAUUUCCCGUGGCCGAACCUCCAAUUACCCUUAACAGUUGCCAUCACCGAAGAGAACUUUGACAUCUUUAUGCUCCUCUUGGACAGAGUUGAAGACAUCAACCAGCUAGAUGGUAUGGGGUAUGCUGCGAUUCAUCUGUUGACAGGCCCACUGUACAUCGAUUGGCUACCUCAUCUUCUGAGACGACCUGAUGUCGACCUAGAGCUUCUCUCCAACGGUAUUUCAGGCGAUCGAAAGAAGUUUAUCCGUCGAACUGGGCUAAGCUUUGCCAUCGUUGACGACAACUUCAAGGCGGUAGAGCUACUGUUGGAAGCUGGCGCAAGUCCAUAUCGUCACCCGGCAUCGCCUGAUGAGACACCCCUUUUGAUAGCGGUUGAAAUGGCGAGGACGACGAAAAACAAAGAAAGUCUGGAAGAAAGCGAGCUUGAUAUCAGCACGGGCAACACCGACAUAGUUGAGCUGCUCCUCGCCUACCAGUCGCCCAUCAAUACGUUGAACCGGAAGUCGAAAAAGUACGCCAAGUCCCCGUUAAUGGUGGCCGUGGACUACAAGGACCAAAACAUGGUAGAACUCCUCCUGCGACACGGAGCGGACCCGACCCUCGAGGAAGCCUACGGACUUCCGGGCCCUCUCGACGCCGCCAUGCUUGACGACGAAGAUAUCGCUGUGGGUAUGAUCAAAGUCUUGCUCGAGAACUGUUUGCCGCCAAGUAUCAAUUACGUCCCAGACAACCCAGACUUUCAGCAUAUUCUCGUCGAGGCGAGCGAUAUGAAGCCCGAGGUUACGCGGUUGCUUCUGGCCCAUGGUGCUGACACAAAACGUUUCUUGUCCUACAUCCCCGGGUGCUUCACCACUCCCCUUCAUCGCGCCGUGGAAGAGAACAAUAUUGAUACUGUUAAAGUCCUUAUCGAACACGAGCCAGCCCUGGUAACCUACCAGUGCGAAGAAGGACUAGUCUACGAGACGCCUCUCCACAUCGCUGCCAGAGAUGGACACAUUGAUAUUCUGCGAUGUCUCCUCGACGCGGGUGCCCAACCUGGCCGCGCCUCAUGCCAUUGGCACGAAACGCCGCUUUGGUUAGCCUGCGAAUCAGGCAGGCUAGAAAUCGCGCAAUUACUCUACGAAAUGUCGCCAGAGGCGCUGGAAAUCCCCUCCUACGACGGAAAAACUCCCCUGAUGGUAGCCUGUGAAGACGGAAAUCUACAACUAGUCCAAUUCCUCCUAGCAAAAGGCGCCAGCGUCACAGCACAAUGCUCAAUGGGAGCAUCAUGUGUCUGUAGCGCAGUUUCCGAGGACAACGGUGCGGCCUACAAGAUCAUCGAUGUGCUGCUUCAGCACGGCCUCGGCCUUGAUGAUGUCGUCAGUACAACCGGCUUCACAGUGCUCGGAGAGGCCUGUAGGAGCGGAGACAUCCCAACCGUCCGGUUCUUGCUCGACAAGGGCGCGGAUCCCGCAAAGGGGCAGAAGUGGCCGGGAGACACUUCCAUUACAUGGAGGUCCGCGCUGCGGAUUGCCUCCCUGUACGAAUGUGUCAAGGUGAUUGAGGUGCUCCUCGAAUAUCCCCAAUUGGCGUCCUUUAUCGAGAACGUUGACUAUUACGGAGACAAUGUGCUGCACAUUGACGGGUCAUAUCAUCAUCAGCAAGCUUCUGAGAUGGCUACGUUAGUGUAUUCCGCGUGCGAGAAGUUGAGAGCCAAGACUGGAGUCGACCAUUUCCAACGGAUGCUUGAUGUGAAGAACAGCGAUAUGCAUACGCCUUUGGAUAUGGCCAUCGAUAUGCCGCACAAGGGCUUGAGCAACGAGGCGACAACAAACAUUGACGUUUACUUAAGGCGCUAUAUUGCGGAACUGACAGCCGCCGAAACUCGGACAUUUGCCCAGCACAAGCAUCUCAUGCGAGACGUCGCUGUCAUUCUCCUGGAGAGACGGAAAUAUGACGAGGAGGCUAUUCGUUUGUUCCAGGCUUUGAUAGUCGAUGUAUGGGUCACAAGAGACGACGGGCAGUGUCUCGAGACUGUGUUCUGCAUGGCCAACUGCGAUCUCUGCGACGAAGACGAGCAGGAGCAGGUUUCAUUCUGCCGGCUUUGCGGUCUCAGAGUUGGCAUGAAAUGCGUUGAGGAGGCGAGGCUGCAGCACGAAAUGAUUGAUGUCCCUGUUGUCAAAGACCGCAGCAUCAUCGACCUCAACUCCGAACCUGUCAAUGAGAUCAUGGACCUUUUGAAGAACGAUUUCAUCGUCACAGAGAAUCCUCGCGCAGUAGAGGACACUCUGCCAGCAUACGUCCAGGUGGACCCAGAGUCAGAGGACACAACCCUUUCACUCGCUGUACUCCAUGCGUUCGGGUAUCUAGAGUUCCAACGCCGAGCGUGGAGUCCUUAUCUGCCGCUCGCCCCUGCGGUCUACAAGCGGAUACAGCCUUGGGAGCCGAUGUUCACAGGACCGAGGCGAGAUUUCGAAGGAUGGGUCUGGGAUAUUGAGACGUCGCCUUACAGGUUACGGGACGAGUUGAAUUACUUUCUUGAGUCGGGCAGAAGAUUGGCAUAUAAAGACGAGCAAGCGACGAGGCUGGAGCAGAUUCUGAGUGAUGUUGGGUGGCUAUAUCCGCAACGGGAGGUAUACAAUGACGACGAUUCAGGCGUUGUGAUUGAUGAGUACUCCUGCAGCGCUGAGGAAAUGUUGGGAGGAAGAAGAAGGGGAUGA